AUGGAAGGAAGUGAGACGAGUGGUGACGAAGAGUAUCCAGAUGCACCAGGAAUGCACAAUCCAUUGGUGUACCACCCACAAGGUGCCAGAAAUCAAGUAAAUAAAGCAGUCUACUCAAAACUAGCUCGGUUAUUAGAACAGAUUGGCAGAACAUUUGGUACAACUGGAUUUGGUUUAGUUAUUUUCAUCUCAGCUAUUGUCAUUGUGUUUUGGAAUGAGGAGAGAGUUGUGAAAACUUCAAGAACCAUAGAAGAAGCUUUAGGAUUAGUAAUACCAUUAAAAACUAAUGAAGUGGCAUUUGAAGAAAAUAACCAUAAACUUGUACACAUGACAGGAGAGCUCAGAACGGAUAUGAUAUUAGUAGAUUUGGAAUAUGGAAUCCAAAUACAAGUUGUCAAGUUGAGGCGAGACGUUGAAAUGUUUCAAUGGGUUGAAGAUAAGCGUGUUAAGCAGAUAAAUGAAGCCGAUCAGCCUAGAUCAGUAACGCUAUAUACCUAUAGGAGACAGUGGAGUCCAGAGCUUAUAGACAGUAAUGACUUUGAUGACAGUGAAACGUAUCCCAAUCCUGUUGUUAUGCCAGUAUAUAGCAAAACAUACACUGUGGAUAAGGUAUAUGUUGGAAAUUUCCUGUUAUCGGAAAAUAUCAAAGACAAAAUAGACGAUUAUAAAGAAUACAAAUUAUUUAGUUUACCAGACGGUGUGAAAGAUGCACAGUUAUAUCAAGGAUAUAUUUACCACGGCAGAGACCCAUCCCAUCCACAGAUUGGGGAUGUUAGAGUAAAAUUUAGUUACACAGGAGUUAGUGGUACUAAACAUUCCACGGUGUAUGUUGGACCUCAACAGAAGGUUAGUAUCAUUGCAAAACAAGUUGGCGCCUCUUUGAGUGGGUACCAGACAUAUAGCGGAGAGAGUAUAGAAUUAAUACAAUAUGGACAUUAUAGUGCUAAAGAAAUGUUUGCAAAAGAAGAAAAGGCCAAUUCUGGUAUGGCAUGGUCUCUCCGCUUUGUAGGUUGUUUGAUAUUUGCAGUAGCCAUCGUUCUCAUGAACAACGUAGUAACACUAAUAAUUUCUUGGAUUCCAUUGGUACAAGAACUUGCAAAGUUAAACUCAUGGUUUUUCGUGAUUGGUAUUUCCUACUCACUUACCGCUAUCAUUGCAGGACUGGCCUGGAUCGCAUAUCGCCCUCUAUUGACGUUAGGGCUCCUAAUCUCUUCCCUGGUUCCACUUAUCAUUGCAUUGCGAAAAAAAGGCCACAGAAAAAGAUCCACAAAUAUUCUGUAAUAGUAAAAAAUCUCUUACAUUAUAUCAUAUGACUG